AUGGGCAACCCCAACGUGAUCGAAAUGCUGGAUUCUCUCCAAAAGAGCCUAGUCAAAGUUGGUCUGCAGCCCCAGAUCCUCCGCAUCGUGCAGGGUCAGUUGGCUCUGGACAUCAAAAAGGAAUAUUUGACUCUAUCGACCAAGGUGCGACAACAGGCUUUUCUUGCGGCGGAAGGCAAAUCCAAGCGUCAGAUUCAUGCCCUCGUGGAGAAACUUGUUGAGCUUCUGAGGGAAACCCUCGAGCAGGAAGCUCAGUAUCUGGCUCCCGGGGGGACAGGUCCACCGAGGCGUCCGCCGCCGCCGGUUGCUCCUGGAGGUGAGGAUCGGGAUGAUGAAGGAAGGGAUCCUGUCUAUGCGCCCAAAACAGCAAAAGAAUUCCUGGCGUACUUUGACAACUUUCUCGAGAAGAAUCUGGGGCAGUUCAAGUUCACAGACGAAGAAAAGCAGAAUAUAGCGCUGAGUGCAGCCAAGGUCAGCCAGGAGCUACAGGAUGAUUAUGAUAUAACUCCCGAAGAGGCGGCCACUCUGACGAAGUCGUUGCUGUACGAUCUGUUCAUUGUCUGCGAUAACAGCGGAUCCAUGCGCCUAGGCAACCGCGUGUCAACGUUGUCAAGUACCCUACAGCGCGUCUCCUAUUGGGCCAGCAAAUUGCAGCCCGAUGGGAUAUCGGUGCGAUUUAUGAACGGGGACAAACAUGACCAGGAUGGUUUGACAACCGCCGAAGAGAUCGAUGAUUUGAUAUCGGGGGUGCCGACACAGGGACCGACGCGGUUAGGCACGGUGGUUCGAAGAAAGGUCAUUCAAAAGCUGGAGAAGAGAGCCGUCGACAGGCAAGGGUGGACGAAGCCGCGGAUCAUUGUCAUUAUCACGGAUGGCGCGCCCACAUCUGAGGACCGAGAUGGCCUAAAGGAUACCAUUCUCUUGGCGAAGAAGGGCCCCGGGCUGGGAGAGAGAUUCGGGCCGGCAUCAACCGUGUUCCUGGUGUCCCAAGUGGGCCAGGAUGAGAGUGCGACGCAGUUUCUCUAUGAGCUGUUACACAAUGAUGAAGUCUGUUCGUUGGUAUACGGGGGAAACAAGCCGUUGGAUGACUUGAUGGACAAUUUGCCAGGGGGAGACAAUGAGAAAGAGAAAGAGUGCACAAGGGUGUACAUGCGGGAAUUUAUUGGAGCAUUGAAUCAACAGACUUUGCCACCAUAG